AUGCCUAAUACGCACUAAGUGCAAUUUAAACACCGACUUAAGCUCACAGGUAAUAGUAUUUUCUGCAAAAAAAGGGCUCGCCAGUCGCCAUAGCUGAGGUUCUUGUUCUUGUCUGGAGGGUCUCGAAAUUUUACUGGAUUGCUGACUUUCAGCUUUAGAUUGUUGACUUGUCGACUUCGUUUGCAAUGGCGGACGAGGAACCUAUUGAUCAGAAGAGGUAUCUUGAAGAGGGUUGCAAGCCUAAAUGUGUGAAACAACUUCGUUCAUAUGAGGCAUGUGUUAAGAGAAUCCAAGGUGAUGAAAGUGGGCACAAGCACUGCACUGGUCAAUAUUUUGAUUAUUGGUCUUGUAUUGAUAAAUGUGUCGCACCAACAUUAUUCUCGAAACUGAAAUAACUGAGCUGAUGUUGUGUAACGUUAGCAUCUUAUCCUGCUGUUUUGAGUUCGAAAGCCAGUGAUUGUUUCUGAACCUAUUCAUCUUGUGCCAUAAAUUUGAGAUGCCUGCUUGGCUUAUCUGAGAACUGUUAAAAUUUUUUGUGUUACUGUGAAACAUUUAAUCAUUGUCAAUAAAUUUGGAUCCUGGGAGACAUGCCUAUGGCAGCAGGGCCGGAAGUGUCAUAACCGAAUGACUGCAAGAAUUUGAAUAUAAAUUGUGUUGAUGUCAA